AUGAAACGUUAUCAAUGUAAUGAAUGUGAUAAAACCUUCAGCCAGAGGGUCAGUCUUAUUCAACAUCAUAGAAUCCAUACUGGAGAGAAACCUUACGAAUGCAAUGUGUGUGGAAAGAGGUUCCGCCAGAGCACUGGACUUACUCAACACCAGACAAUUCAUUCUGGAGAGAAAUAUUAUGAGUGUAAUGAAUGUAAAAAAGCCUUUCGUCUGAGAUCACAACUUAUUCAACAUUACAGAAUCCAUACUGGAGAGAAACCUUAUGAAUGCAAUGAAUGUGGGAAGACAUUCCGCCAGAACUCCCAGCUUAUUCAACACCAGACAAUUCAUACUGGAGAGAAACCUUAUGAAUGUAGUGAAUGUGGGAAGGCCUUCCGCCUGAGAAUAGAACUUACCCAGCAUCAUAAUAUUCAUACAGGAAAGAAACCUUAUAGAUGUAAUGAAUGUGGAAAGGUCUUCCGCCUCAGUUCUCAGCUUAUUCAGCAUCAGACAGUGCAUAGUGGGGAGAAGCCUUAUGAAUGUAAUCAGUGUGGGAAAGCUUUCCGCCAGAGUACUGGACUUAUGCAACACCAGACAAUUCAUACUGGAGAAAAAUAUUAUAAGUGUGAUGAGUGUGAGAAGGCCUUCCGCCUGAGAACACAGCUUAUUCAACAUUAUAGAAUUCAUACUGGAGAGAAGCCUUAUGAAUGCAAUGAGUGUGGAAAGACAUUCUGCCAGAACUCUCAGCUUAUUCAACAUCAGACAAUUCAUACUGGAGAAAAACCU